GCCUGCCGAGAUUGGUUGGUGGAAUGAAGCUCCAUUUGGUCAUAUUCUUGGCUACAGUCCUGCUCCGGAGGAUCUCAUCGCAAUGCAUUGAGGAUUGCCCGGCGGCUUUUAAAGGAAACCUGGUCUGCGCCUACAUCAACGGUUGCUACCUGGACAUGGAGUACUGCUCGAUGUUGGCCUUUAACUGUGGCCGUCAUGCCCAAAGCAAGCAUAGUGAGGAUACGUAUCCCUUCAGCAGCCCAAUUAUUACCACUCUACUGCAUCUAUCUCUCGCUUUCAGUGUUCCUGUUUAUAGCCUCAGAAACGUGUGGCAAAGAGAGGCUUCCCAAGUGCGAAACUAUGGAUUCCUGAUCUCUAGCGGAGGAUGUCCGUAUUUAUUGAUUGAUGAUUACAGAUUCAAAAACUUAAUCCAAUCUUAAGUGCUAAAUAUAUAUAUGAGAAGGCUAAAAUUUGACAAUGUGGCCAGUGAA